AUGUCAGGCUCCACUCCCCCGCCCACCUCUGCGGAGGCUGCGGGGACGGAAGGAUGCUUCCCCCCAGGUUACAAACCUUUCAAACCCGAGGAGCACGGCCUGGAGCGCGGGUUCCGGCUCACAGCCUACUCGGACCUGAAGGGAUGAGGCUGCAAGGUCCCGCAGGAGGCUCUGCUCAAACUCCUAGCGGGACUGGAGGCGGACCGGACCGACGGGACCGGGAAGGCCGGGGACCAAGGAUCAGAGUUCGGCCAGCAGUUGUCCGGCCCCCGCCUCGGUAACGUCAGCAGAGCGAGUGUUCCGGUCCCAAACGCGCUGUCCGCGUGACGGGGAACGUCAGUUAGCAUAGCCGCCGCUAGCAUGCUAGCUUAUGUUCAUUGACGACAGCUCACUUGACAGAUGUGCACUUCAAGGCGAAUAUUAAAUUAAUAAUAGGCUAAUAUGAUCUUAUUCUUGGUCAUAACUACUUCCUCUGCUUAAAACUGUGCUUAAAUAACAUGACUUACUAAAAGUGAAAAGUUCUCAGUGAGCUGAAUGGAUCUGAAUAAUAACAAUAUUAAUAGUACACUGAAUUAUAACUGAAUAGUAACAGUAGACUGGAUGAUAACAGUAGUCUGAAUAAUAGCAGUAGUCUAAAUAAUAAUAACAGUAGUCUGUCUUGAUUCUGUCAACUCAUGGAUGAUUCAGCAGAAAUGUUUGAGGAGCUUUAGGAUCAAAGUUCAACCUGUUGGUCAGUUAUUCCUCCUGUUAAGAAGUUUCACAAUCAUUAGUGGAAGUGUGUUUACUUCCUGUGGUGUUUGAAAAGAAUUCACUCAGACUGAGUGACUGUCAAAUUAAAUUAUAAUUAUUUCUCUGUUGAAACUUUAGAGCAAACACUAACAUAUCUGGUAUAAAUAGAUAAUGACCCUUAUUACCACAAGUCUUAACUCAGCCAUCUAAAAAGUACUCCCAAUAAAGCAGUCAUUGUAAGAUAGAUGAUAUAUUCCUGGUCCCCCUCCUCACGGCUGUGUUUGUCUGCAGGUGUUGGGAUGGACUGCUGUGUAAUCCCUCUGAGACAUGGUGGGCUCUCUUUAGUCCAGACCACAGACUUCUUCUACCCUCUGGUGGAGGACCCCUACAUGAUGGUGAGUCACAUACGGCGGUAUCUCUAAAUGAGGCUCCAACACACAGUCUGCUUCUGCCACAAACUAUUAAAGCACACAUCUACACACAACUGCAUUAAGAAAAAAAACCCUAUGGACAAUAUUCACAGGUGCAAAAAUGAAUAUGGGUCAAUGAUGUGACAGUUAAAAAGGCUAAAAUUCAAAAAUAAACUAUAAACUCACCUUGGACACAUUAUCUUUUUGAAGACCUUGUCUAAAACUUCCAGAUUUUAUCCAUUUUGAGAGAAUAUUAAGGGAAUAAUGGGAAAUAUGUCAAUGUGCUGUAACGAUAAAAACAAAAAAUGUAAUAUUUGAGAAAAUGCAUGGGGAAUGGAAUGUACUCCUCUACUGCGGUGCACUUACAUAUAUCUUAACAGUUUCUGUGUGAUUUGUCAAAUGUUAUUUGGAAAAUGCCCGCUGUUUUCAGCAUUUCUCCUGCUCUAUAUUGCAAAAAUGCAUCUAAUUUGUUUGUAAAAAAAAAAAAACCCUAACAAAAUUUACUUUCAACUGAUAUAUUAUGAUUAAGUCACUUUUUGUAAAAGUACACUUGCAUACACUAUAGGUGGAAAUAAGUAUUAAAUAUUUCCCCUUUUGUUGUGGUUACACCACUUGACAUUUUCAAGGGAAAUACAUCAUUCAUUUUGUAAAAAAAAAAAGGUUUAAAUGCCAUUUGAAAUUAUAUGAAACCAACAGAGAUACAAAAUAUACAUCUUUGCAAACCUAAUGCAAACUUUUAAAACAAUUUAUUAAAACAUUUUUGUGUUACUCAUGAUGCAAACCCUUAUUUGUAACUGACCCAUCUACUUCCAUAACAUUAUGAACACCUCUGGUAUAAGGAGCACUGUCAAAUGUGUCAGUAUAGUGCACUCCAGCACCCCACAAAGCCCCACAGCAGUGUAGCAUUAAAUUUAAGGAGCAGUUAUCACCUGUCUGAUCAUGUCAACAAAAACUGGAAAUGUAGAUGCUAUCUGUGUUAAACUACUUCAUUUCACCUGUGCAUUCAUAAUGUUAUAUUUAGUAUAAUGCAGAGAUUAUAGUUUUCUGUGACUGUGCUCUAAAGGUGUAUAUCUCCACAUUAUCAGCUUAUAUGUUUGCCCAUAUAUGUGUAGUAAUGUCUAUUGUAAAUACUUUUAAAGAUGGCUAUCUCUUAUUUGAUUACUGGUCUCAACUGUCAUCUCACUGUGAGCAAAAAAACCUCUUUUUUAAAAAAAAUUAUACCAUGACAAACAUCACAUGAAAAAAGUUAACAAGCAAAAUCUUUUUUACCUGUUCCUAAACAUAUCAGAGUCUCACGUCUGUGAAAUGAUUACUGAUCCAACAUAGAUUUGAUUGUCAUGUCCCAGCAUGCAUUGGUAGUAAUAUUACUGUAUCUUUUGGAGUGUGGACCUGCCAGUGUCUGUGUGUUUAUCUUCUUUUUGUUUUUCUGUAGAGGUGAUCAAUAACAUUCAAACUGAAAUAAAUAAAUAACCUGAUAAAUCUUGUUUUUCUCUCUCUCUGUAUGUGAUCAGUCUGGCAGAGUAACAGAAUAGAGGAUAACACGUAGACUUUGUACACACAGAUUUAUGUAAUUUAAAAAAAAAAGAAAAUCACAAUAAUAAUACCAAAGGUCAGGAUGUUUAAAGGCCAGUUUAGAGAUGAGCUGCAGAAAAGUCUGAUUUCCCCCUAAACUUCCUCCUGAAUCCUGGGUUUUAGCUUGUGAUCAUCGGAAGUAAACCCUCGCUUUUGUCUGUCUUUCAGGGGAGGAUAGCAUGUGCUAACGUCCUCAGUGACCUGUAUGCCAUGGGGAUCACAGAGUGUGACAACAUGCUGAUGCUGCUGAGUGUCAGCCAGAAAAUGAACGAGAAGGUAACGCUCAGUCAAACCUGACUGUGAAACAUCUUUGACAGUUUGUUGACUUUGCUCUUAAUAUUGUGAGAGCUCAGCACAUACAACACACAAUGCAUGUUACAGUGAGAGUAUCAUGUCUGUCUAACAGUGCAGUGACUAUGGAAUUUGCAUGUACGUUCAUUUGAAGUCCAUUUUGUUCCUCUGAAAACUUCAUUUACUUGUAUUUUAUUUAUGUUUGACACAGGACCGUGAGCGUGUGAUGCCACUGAUGAUUCGAGGCUUUCGUGAUGCAGCAGAGGAAGGCGGGACUUCAGUGACAGGUGGUCAGACGGUGAUCAACCCCUGGAUCAUCGUUGGAGGAGUCGCUUCAGUCGUGUGUCAGCCAAACGAGUUCAUCAUGUGAGUCUGUUCAGACUGUUAAUGUGUGGGUUCAAUCCUGUCCUGCCUUUUACAGUCUACAUAUCUGAUUGGUGAAGUCUCAGUUUUUAAAUCCCCUUCUCUCUUGUAGUUCAGCUCCAGAUUUCCCAGAAUGCAUUUCAUCAUUCUCUAACAGGGUAUGCCUGACCUUGUUGUUUUAGCCAGCAGGGGUGCGUAGAGAUGAUCAUAUCCUGCUAAUGAGCCGGUUCGUUAGCUGUGGCUGUGUUGCUGCAGACAGCUGCUUCAGCACAGACCUCAGACCUCUAAUAUGUUCCUCUGGCAGUUUUAUUGUUAACAUGAAUCGUCUCAUUCCUGACUGUUAUAACAGAGCUGCUGUCUGAUGUCAGAGGGUUGACCUCUGCUCUGUGUUUUCUCAGGCUGCAUUUGUUUCUCUUAUCUCCAAGACAAAGUGUUUUUUUUUUAAACAGUGAUCAGAUCAGAUUCAUCUGUCUGGACAUCACCAACCAAAUCUGCAGUGAUUGAUUUAAAAUGUUGCCGUUAUUUAAAGAGCAGAUAUCUUACCUCACAUUGUAUUGAUUGGGCUGCAAAAGAAAUUCUGACAAUCAGGUAUUCGAGUGGGAGUUAUUUCACUUUACAAUUGAAACAAUCUGCUAAUGUGGCUGGAAUCUAAACUGCAAAAAUCACAAUCCCUGUCCUUUUUUCUGCUAUCAUUUGUUGUUUUAUAUACAUCACAAACAAAGAUAAAUGAUUGAGGGAUGAACCAGUGAACAAAAAACGGCAGCUGGAUUUCCAGUGAGGCAGUUCUGUCCCUCCUUGUUUUGACUUGAACCAUCAUUCUGAAAAGUCAGCCGCUUUAAACAUUUGUUCAUGACUGCCUCGUGAAAACCAUUCAUCUCCCACCUGUCCUUUUCUGAGAGACUAGAGCUGUUUUCCACUAAACCUUGGAAAAUUCUCAUUUAAAUAAAAGUUUGACCUAAAGUUGGGUGAGCACGGUCAGUGAUAGUAAGGUAACCUCAACGUGAAAGAAGGUGUGGAGCCAUGAUGUUUACAGCUUGUAAGCGGUGUGGUCUUGCUGCUCAUGAUGAAGCAGCUUCAUCUAUUUUUCUGCCCUCAGCAUGUUCUGUUUCACUCAGUCAAUGAUACUUUCUGUCCAUUUAAAUAUUACUUUAUUGACUUUUUCUAUCAGGUUUAGAGAAAAUAGUCAUUUUGGACUUUUUGAACACACCUUGUGAAUGUGUUCAUAAAUGGUGGCAUGUCCUUUCUGCCAGUGGAGACAUCACACUGUGAGGAGUUUUUUUGAAGAACCGUUUUGAAUAAAGGUCAGAGAAGGCUGUCCUGAAAUCUUCAAGAGGGCAUGAUUAAAAAAGGAAUAGAAAAAAAUUAGCAUUCUGUUUGAUACAGAAACAGGUGAACUGUAUUGGUCAUUUAUACGUGGAUUUGGCUUUCUUUCUAUAGGAUUAUUUGGUCAAACUAGAUCUUUAAAUCUUCUAUAUUUCAUGUUUUUUUUUCCAGGCCGGAUGGUGCCGUGCCUGGGGACGUCCUGGUUCUGACCAAACCACUUGGGACACAGGUGGCUGUGAACGCUCACCAGUGGCUCGAUCAGGUCGAUUCUGCUCACAUCAGUUUUACUAAGUAUAAAUUCUGAUUUGAUAUAGAUUAAAAUGAAUGUGUCUGCACUCACACGUUCUGUCUCUGUGUUUUAAUUUAACAGCCUGAAAGGUGGAAUAAAAUCAAGCUGGUCAUCACCAAAGAGGAAGUCAAAGAGGCCUAUCAGGAAGCCAUGUUCUCCAUGGCUAUGCUAAACCGCACAGGUAAACUCUAAAAUAAACAUCAUACUGACUGAGCGUGCUCUGUCCUGGAGCUUUGAUCUCCUUGUUUCAGCUCGCUCAAACAUUUGACUCUGAAUCUUUAUGUUUAUGUUUCCAGCGGCUGGCCUGAUGCACAAGUUCCAGGCUCACGCUGCCACAGAUGUGACGGGUUUCGGGUUGUUGGGACACGCCAACAACCUGGCAGCACAGCAACGCAACGAGGUGGCCUUCGUCAUCCACAACCUGCCAAUUAUAGCCAAGAUGGCUGCUGUUAGUAAAGCCUGCGGGAACCUGUUCAACCUGGUUCAGGGCACGUCAGCAGAGACUUCAGGUAGGAAAACAGAGGAGGAAACACCAAGAGGUGUCUGUCUCUUAAACGGAUAUUCCGGCAUAAAAUUAUUUUGGGUCAAACUCACCGUAACACCGAGUUAGAUACCCUGUCAAGAGAUGAUUGAAUGAAUGAAUAGGAGAAAUGUCAGUUCUUACUUAAAGCAUCAUGGCUGAAAAAAGUAUGAAUGAAUGAAAACCAGUUCUUCUGGAUCUGUUAGUGAUUUAUAGUCGUAACUUUUUAUCAUAGUCAUAACUUUUUAUCUGUCCCUCUCUACUCUAGGUGGCCUGCUGGUUUGUCUGCCCAGAGAGCAGGCAGCCAAGUUCUGCUCAGAGAUGAAGAGUCAGAGCUGUGGGGCCGGAGGUCAGGGCGCAGCGGGUGGAGCCUGGAUCAUUGGGAUCGUAGAGAAAGGCGACCGCCGUGCUCGCAUCAUCGACAAGCCUCGCAUUAUCGAGGUCCCUCCACGAGGAAGUCAGGCAGCAAAUCAGGACAACAGCCCCGCCCCCAGCCCCAACCUGUCAUAG